AACUAGGGUGGGGGGGAUGGCGGAGCGGGCGCCGGAGCCCGAGGCGGAGGCGGAGGCUGAGGCGGGCGCAGGCGGGGAGGCGGCGGCCGAGGAGGGAGCGGCGGGCCGCAAGGCACGGGGCCGACCGCGGCUUACGGAGUCGGACCGAGCCCGGCGGCGGCUGGAGUCCCGGAAGAAGUACGACGUGCGGCGCGUGUACCUGGGCGAGGCGCACGGGCCCUGGGUGGACCUGCGGCGCCGCAGCGGCUGGAGCGACGCCAAGCUCGCCGCCUACCUCAUCUCACUGGAGCGCGGCCAGCGUAGCGGCCGCCACGGGAAGCCUUGGGAGCAAGUCCCCAAAAAGCCAAAGCGGAAAAAAAGCCCUGUGUCUGCAGGACGGCGACGAAAUGUGAACUGCCUGAAGAAUGUGGUGAUCUGGUAUGAGGACCACAAGCACCGCUGCCCCUACGAGCCGCACCUUGCCGAGCUGGACCCCACCUUUGGCCUGUACACCACGGCAGUGUGGCAGUGUGAAGCCGGCCACCGCUACUUCCAGGACCUGCACUCCCCACUGAAGCCUCUCAGUGACUCGGACCCUGAAAGUGACAAAGCGGGCAAUGGCCAGGUGGCUGGCAGCUCUGACUCCCCCAGCUCUGGCUCGGGCUCCGACUCUGAGGAACCCCCAGAGAGCCAGCCAGCCAAGGCUUCAGCAGCUGCGGCAGCAGUCACCCCCGCCAGCCCAGUGGGCAGCAGUGGGCUUAUCACUCAGGAAGGUGUGCACAUCCCCUUCGACGUCCACCACGUGGAAAGCCUGGCGGAGCAGGGUACCCCGCUGUGCCCCAACCCUGCAGGAAGUGGGUCUGAAGCCCUGGAGACAGUGGUGUGCGUGCCAGUACCUGUGCAAGUGGGUGCUGGCCCCGGCGCCCUCUUUGAGAACGUGCCCCAGGAGGCACUGGGCGAGGUGGUAGCCAGUUGCCCUGUGCCAGGCAUGGUGCCCGGCUCCCAGGUGAUCAUCAUCGCGGGCCCUGGAUACAACACACUCACAGCCGAGGGCAUCCACCUCAACGUGGCUGCAGGCAGCAGCGCCCCAAGCAGUGGCCUGGGCGAGGAGGUGCCCUGCGCCAUGAUGGAGGGUGUGGCAGCCUACACCCAGACAGAACCCGAGGGCAGCCAGCCCAGCACCAUGGACACCACCUCCAUAGCCGGCGUCGAGACCAAGAAAGAGAAGGAGGAUCUGUACAUACUCAAAAAGGAGGAGAAAGAGGAGCCUGUGGCCACAGAGCUGGCAGAGCUGGUGGCAACGGUGCCCGAGAGUGCAGAGCCUGAGGCAGAAGCAGCUGGGGAGGAGCUGGACGGCAGCGACAUGUCAGCCAUCAUCUACGAGAUCCCCAAGGAGCCUGAGAAGCGGCGGCGGAGCAAGCGGUCCCGGGUGAUGGAUGCUGACGGCCUGCUUGAGAUGUUCCACUGUCCGUACGAGGGCUGCAGCCAGGUCUACGUGGCUCUCGGCAGCUUCCAGAACCAUGUCAACCUCGUGCACCGGAAAGGGAAGACCAAAGUGUGCCCUCACCCUGGCUGUGGCAAGAAGUUCUAUUUAUCCAACCACCUGCGGCGGCACAUGAUCAUCCAUUCAGGUGUCCGUGAGUUCACCUGUGAGACCUGUGGCAAGUCCUUCAAGAGAAAGAACCACCUGGAGGUCCAUCGGCGCACACACACUGGCGAAACGCCCCUGCAGUGCGAGAUCUGCGGCUAUCAGUGCAGGCAGCGCGCCUCGCUCAACUGGCACAUGAAGAAGCACACGGCUGAGGUACAGUACAACUUUACUUGCGAGCGCUGCGGGAAGCGCUUCGAGAAGCUAGACAGCGUCAAGUUCCACACGCUCAAAAGCCACCCGGACCACAAGCCUACCUGACAUACUCAACCACUGACUGCCCCUAUUUAUUCGUCCACUUGGACAUCACGCCCUGGGCUGCCUGGGCCUGGACAGCCGCGGGAGCCGCCUGGACCGCAGGCCGGAAGGAGGCGCCUCCACCUCCCGCCCCCACCAAGGGCUGGACCCCCUGGGCAGGUCCCCACCCGCCCCGCCCCAAAUCUAGAACUGGUGCCUGGGGCUGUGCUGCUGAACAGUGUCUAGAGAGCAGAGCAAGAUUA